GUAUCAUGCCCCACCACCACCUGACGGUCUUGGGGGACUUGCAUCUCGUUCUCCGACCUCAGCCAGAGCUCAUCCCCGCCAAUUAGCUUGCGAUCCUUAAUGCGAGCUUGUAGUAGCCAUGGCACCGGUGUGUGUUUUCCGCCGCCGACUGCUGCAACGGCAAAGAGCUGGCAAAUUGCAUGGGGAUGGCUAGCCUAGACUGAGAGCACUCUCGCCGAUUGUUCCAGCCGCUACUUACUGUUAAAGCUCAUAUCAGACACAGAAGAGACCCCUUACGACGGCCAAUACCACCUCCUCUACUACUCCCUCAAGCGUUAUUUGCAAACCUCUUGGGCAAUUUGAGCACCAUACUAGACAUAUUCAGCACAGAUUAGCAAAGAUGAAGGCUGGCCAGUGGGAUCCGAAACAAAAGAAGGUUGUUAUCAAUGACAUUCCCAAGCCGGAGGCUGGUCCGGGCCAGUUCCUCGUAAAAAUACAAUCUGCUUCACUAUGUCACUCCGAUUUAUUGAUGGAAAUGCGGCCAGACUACAAUGUCACACUGGGUCACGAGGGCGUAGGACACAUUGAGACCAUAGACCCCGCUGCGGAAGGGAAGGGCUUCAAAGUGGGCGACGCCGUUGGCUUCGACUACUUUAUCGGCGCCUGCUUUGAGUGCGAAAACUGCAUGGUUCACAACAUGUGGUGCAAGACGGGAAACUCGCGCCUCCAGGGUUUCAUGGUUGACGGAUAUUUUGCGGAGUAUGCUGUGGUAGAUUGGCAAAACGCCAUUCUUCUGCCAAAGGUACUGGACAUGUCCAAGACCGCACCAUUGUUCUGUGCUGGAAUUACAGCCUUCCAUGCUGUCGAUAGCUGCGAAUUGAAGCCCGGCCAGUGGCUUGCUGUUAUCGGGUGCGGCGGACUUGGACAGUAUGCAACUCAAUACGCAAAGGCAAUGGGUUUCAAGGUCAUCGGCAUCGACAUCAGCGACGAUCAGCUUGCAAUGGCUAAGAAAGUUGGCGCAGAUGCCACCUUCAACUCUAUGACAAACAAAGGGUACUUGGACGAGAUUAAGAAACUUACGGACGGCGGCUGCCAUGCGUCGGCUGUCUUCGCUGCGUCCAACCCUGCUUAUGCUGGAGCAACAAAGGUGCUUCGCAUAGGAGGUCUGUUGAUGGUCAUUGGUAUUGCACCAAAGCCCCUUGAGUUCUCCACAUUCGACCUUACUACAGGUGUAUACCGUGUGAAGGCGGACAGCACGAGCAUUCCUCAACGCAUGAAGAAGGCAGUUGACUUCACUGCGAAGCACAACAUUCAACCUGACGUUGAUUUCAGGAAGAUUGAAGAUUUGCCUGCUAUGGUUGAACAGAUGCACUCCGGCAAGGCUGAGAAGAGAUUGGUUGUCGUAUUUUAAGCUCGCUUCCCACCCUUGUAGAAUCAUCCUGGUUACAUGAAUAUAUAACCAUCACAAGAAAGCUCCCUUCGAUGCCAC